AUGGAGACGUUGGAGUUGAAAGAGGUUCAGAAACUCGAAGGUCACACCGAUAGGGUUUGGAGCUUGGAUUGGAAUCCGGCUACCGGUCAUGCCGGUAUUCCGCUCGUCUUCGCUUCUUGCAGCGGCGAUAAAACUGUUCGAAUCUGGGAGCAGAACCUCUCUAAUAACCUCUUCUCCUGCAAGGCGGUUUUGGAAGAAACACAUACUCGAACUGUUCGAUCUUGUGCUUGGUCGCCGUCUGGGAAGUUGUUAGCCACUGCAAGUUUUGAUGCCACCACUGCCAUAUGGGAAAAUGUUGGGGGUGAUUUUGAAUGUGUUUCUACUUUGGAGGGACAUGAAAAUGAAGUAAAGAGUGUAUCUUGGAAUGCAUCUGGAACUUUACUUGCAACUUGUAGUAGAGAUAAGUCUGUUUGGAUAUGGGAAGUGCAGCCAGGCAAUGAGUUUGAGUGUGUCUCAGUGCUGCAAGGUCAUACUCAGGAUGUGAAAAUGGUUAGGUGGCACCCAACAGAGGAUAUCUUAUUUUCAUGUAGCUAUGAUAAUACUAUUAAGGUCUGGGCAGAUGAAGGUGAUAGUGACGAUUGGCAGUGUGUUCAAACCCUUGGAGAACCCAACAAUGGGCAUACAUCUACUGUUUGGGCCCUCUCCUUCAAUACUAGUGGAGACAAAUUUGUUACCUGUAGUGAUGAUCUUACCCUGAAGGUAUGGGAAACAGACAAUGUAGGGAUGCAACCUGGUGGUGGAUUUGCUCCUUGGAGACAUCGUUGCACUCUUACGGGAUAUCAUGAGCGGACAAUUUUCUCAGUUCAUUGGUCAAGGGGAGGUAUCUUUGCUAGUGGAGCUGCUGAUGACGCCAUCCGGCUUUUUCUGGAUAACAAUGAAAGUCAGGUUGAUGGUCCUCUGUACAAGUUGCUAUUGAAGAAGGAGAAGGCACAUGACAUGGACAUAAAUUAUGUGCAGUGGAGCCCUGGGGAGAAGCCGCUAUUAGCUUCAGCAAGCGACGAUGGGACAGUCAAGGUGUGGGAUCUGGUAUCAUAG